GUCUUACUUCAGCCUACUUUACGUAUAUGGAGGAGAAUAAAAAUAAAUUUCUAUUUUAGUUGUGCAUUUGCAAUGUUCGCGAGUUUACCAGAAUAUUCCUUAAUUAAACUUUAAAAGCGAGCUGGCGCAACGUACCGCAGUCAUUACAGUGAAACGUAACAAUGGGUGUACACAGCGAAGAAGCUGAAACUUACAAGAAUAAGGGCAACGAGUCCUACAAAGCCGAAAACUACGAAGAGGCUAUCGAAUACUACAGCAAGGCGGUAGAUUUAUCCGAGAAAGACAGCCGGGACCACGCGACUUACCUAAAAAAUCGUGCGGCCGCUUAUCUCAAGACGAAGGAGUAUGAUAAGGUGGUGAAGGACUGCGAUGAGGCUCUACGCAUCGUGCCAGAAGAUCCGAAAGCUUUGUUUCGAAGAGCGCAGGCGCUAGAAAGUUUAGAGAAGUUUGAAGAAGCAUACAGAGAUGCGAAAGCGGUGUUUACGGUGGAGCCGACGAACAAGGCGAUUCAGCCCGUCCUCGCGCGGCUGCAUGCCAUAGUGCAGGAGCGCGCGCGCCAGGCCGCGCAGACCGGCAACAAAGUCGAACAGAUGUUCAAACUGGUGUUCGAUGUAGCGGAAGAAAAAGAAAAACGAGAGAAAGCCAUGGCUAACUUGGUGGUGCUGGCAAAAGAAAACUCAGGUGCUAGUGUUAUGUUCAACAAUGGAGUGGUUCAGAAAAUACAAAAGCUAUUAAAGGUUGAGAAGAAUCAAGACAUCUAUACAAAUGCUAUCCGGGUUAUCAGUCAACUCUGCAAGGGCGAUGUUGAGAGAACAAAAAACAUUAUAAAAAUUGUGGGCAUUCCAUGGAUCUUAGAGAUAAUUGACAGUAAUGUCGAGGAGCGGGUGAGUGCAGCACAGUAUUGUUUACAAGUGAUUCUGAACACAUUCACCGGCAUGGACACCAAGAAGGACAGCAAGCCGGAUACCAAAGUGUGUGAAGAAUAUAAGAGUGAAAUUGACACGCUACUCAGCUGCUUGACAUACUCCAUCACUAACAGAGUCAUUACUGGUGAAGCGAGAGAUGCCAUCAUGGAGCUGAUUAUGAGGAACUGUCACUACACAGCAAUUAACUGGGCUGAAAGAUUUGUUGAAAUAAAAGGCUUGGAACGACUAUUAGAAGUGUGCAGUGAACUUGAAGAGUACAAAUAUGAAUCAGCCAUGACCAUCACUAAUUCCUCAAGAACCAUUGCUGCUGCCUGCUUAGCAAGGAUAUAUGAAAACAUGUACUAUGAUGAAGCAAGAGAAAAGUUCAAUAGUCAUGUUGAUGAAUUUGUCAGGGACAAACUUCUUGCACCUGACCUGGAGUCAAAAGUCAGAGUGACAGUAGCUAUCACAUCACUACUCAGAGGGCCUCUUGAUGUUGGCAAUUACAUUAUUUCAAAGGAAGGCAUCAUGGAAAUGAUUUUGGUCAUGGCCCAAACUGAGGACCCUCUUCAGCAAAAAGUGUCAUGUGAAUGUCUGAUUGCUGCUGCUUCCAAGAAAGACAAAGCUAGAGCCAUCAUUGACAAAGGAGUAGACAUACUUAAAAAACUAUACCAGAGCAAGGAUGAUUCUGUCCGGGUCAGAGCCUUGGUGGGACUCUGCAAAAUUGGCAGUUUUGGUGGAGAUGAUGCUUCUAUCCGGCCAUUUGCUGAAGGUUCAACUAAGAAGUUAGCAGAGGCUUGCAGAAGAUUCCUAGUCAAUCCUGCAAAAGACAAGGACAUGAGGAAAUGGGCUGCAGAAGGCCUGUCUUAUCUUACUCUUGAUGCAGAUGUGAAGGAAAAGUUAGUGGAAGACAAACCUGCCCUACAAUCUCUAAUUGAAUUGGCCAAAACUGGAGACCAAUCAUGCCUCUAUGGUGUAGUCACUACCCUAGUCAACUUAUGUAAUGCUUAUGACAAGCAGGAGCUCCUACCUGAAAUGUUAGAAUUAGCAAAGUUUGCCAAACAUCAUGUGCCAGAGCAACAUGAAUUAGAUGACCAAGACUUUGUAAACAAAAGAUUAACAAUCUUAGCCAAAGCUGGAGUGACCACUGGCUUAGUAGCCCUUGCCAAAACAGAGAGUCACAACUCUAGGGAACUGAUAUCAAGAGUAUUUAAUGCUAUCUGCAAUCUGCAAGAAUUGAGGGGCAUUGUGGUGCAGCAGGGUGGAGCUAAAGUGUUGAUACCAAUGGCUUUGGAAGGCACUGACAAAGGGAAGAAACAGGCUUCUCAGGCUUUAGCAAGAAUUGGGAUCACCAUCAAUCCAGAAGUAGCUUUCCCUGGACAGAGAAAUCUGGAAGUUAUCAGACCCUUGGUGGCUCUACUUCAUCCAGACUGCAGUGCUUUAGAGAACUUUGAGGCUCUGAUGGCCCUUUGCAACUUGGCAGGAAUGAAUGAAACCACCAGGAACAGAAUAUUGAAGGAGGGAGGACUGGCUAAAAUCGAACACUAUUUGUAUGAAGAUCAUGCAAUGCUCAUAAGGGCAGCCACACAGUGCAUCUGUAAUUUACUCCAAUCUGAAGAAGUCCUCAAAUCCUAUGAAGGAAAUAAUGAUAAAACGAAAUAUCUCUACAUCUUGUGUCAAGAGGAAGAUCAAGACACAGUUUUGGCUGCCGCUGGAGCAUUGUGUAUUCUUACUUCAGUGAGCAAGGUCUGCUGUAGGAAGCUUUUGGAUGUAGGACCCUGGCUGGAGACACUAAAGUGCUUACUAGCCAAUCCUAUCCCUGAGAUUCAGUACAGAGGCACCUACAUAGUCCUGAAUAUUAUAAAUGGGGACAGUGACAUCGCUGCCAGGAUUUUUGAAACGGAAGUAAUGGAAAUCUUGAUGGCCUUGACUAAAAUAGAGAAUCCAGAACAAACUAGGAUUAAGGAAUAUGCUCAGAAGUGCUUGGAUGCUGCAGAAAAGCUGGGCGUUAUAAGGAAGCCUGACGAAAACUUUGGAAAAAAGCCGCCUAUAGAAGAAAUAGAUGAGGAGGAGCCUGAGGAUGAACCAGAAAAAUAAAUUUAACAGCAUUAUG